UAUAGAAAACCGAGACGAAGAGCGAAGCGGAGGCUAGAAACCGACCGGCAUUCGGGGCCAGCGUCCACUACAAAGCCUCCCAGAAGAGUGAAUGAGAGAGCCGGCAUCCACAUCCAGCAACUGAGUGAACAGACUCUGCGUUUUCCAUCCAGUGUGUCGCAGACGAGAAGCGCAGAUGGACACCAGAAGCCCCAGUGAAGAGAAACCUGUCCAGCGAUCAAAGUCCUUCAGCUUUAAGACUCAAAAGGAAGUCUGUUCAUCCUGUGAGAAGACGGUCUACCCAAUGGAAAGAUUGGUUGCCAACAACCUUGUCUUCCAUUCAGCAUGCUUCUGCUGCAAGCACUGCAAUGCCAAACUCAGCCUUGGCACCUUUGCAGCUCUUCAAGGGGAAUUUUACUGCAAACCCCACUUCCAACAGCUGUUCAAAAGCAAAGGCAACUACGACGAGGGCUUCGGACGCAAACAGCACAAAGAGCUCUGGGCCUCAAAGGAGACAGACAAUAUAACAAAGACGGCAUAAUCAUGUCUCCCUGUGUCCCAUCCCAGCCCUGCCUCUUUCUUUGCCUCCUCCUAACACCUCCAAUACAUCACAAUGAACACAUGCCUCAUAUGCUGGGGUUCUGUUAAAUCACCCAUGCGCUCACACGCUUUUUAAAUGCCAUCAGAUCCAACACAUGCACAAACAGCUAGGAAAUGACUGGCCACUUAAAAAUUAAUUUUAGGGAUAUGUUUUGGGUUUGAUUUUAUUGAUCUGUAUUUUCCUAAAUUUAUUUUCCAAUUUCCUGUUUGGAAUUGGUACUUGAUUGUGACCAAAAACCUUCUCUGGUAUGGGAGUAUAAUAAUAAUAAUAAUUUUUUUUUUCAUUUUUUAUUCUUUCUAAUAAUUUGCACCUUUUUUUUUUUGGGAAUAUGUAAACUGUAUGCUCAGGCAAACAUAUCUGAGAGGUUACAGCGCAUCCAUGUUUUGCAGUAGAGCAUACACUCAGGUCAAUUUACACCCAAUGAUUCUUACAAAUAUUACAUAUUUCCUCAUUUUAUCAAAACACAAAUCAAACUAAUAGUCCUCAGUAUUGUGACUUUGCUGUCAGAGACAAGUUUGUCAGGUUUCAUAUAUUUGAGGAACAAACAGGGUACAGAGUACUGUAAAAUAACCGCGCACAUCAGCAACAGCUCACCUCUCGUCUUUUUAAUUUUAGUUUUAUUAUUUUUCGCAUCAUCCCAUGGUUUGUUCAUAUUUUAAUGACCGGUUUGAGUCUUAUCGUUGCAUGGUGGUAUGACUGGGUCUUAAUAGCCUUAUCUUAUGACUGUAUCGAUCUUUUGUGUUGUGAAUGAUUUUUGUCUCAUUGAUGCAUAGCAAAUCACUUUUUAAAGGUUUUAGAAGCACUUGAGUUUGGAUUUGAUUGAUGUCAUGGCAUAAGUUGAUCCUCUCUGAGCUUUUAUGGUUGAAAUUUUAAUGGAAUUCUCAACUUGUGUUUUGUAUACUACCUGUACAUAGAGCUGUAGUUUGUGAUUAGUGAACAUUCCCCAUCAUACUGU